AUGAGGGAGUCCGUUCAAGUCAACCAGAACAAAACAAUGAGCCACAACCCCCAGAGGGAGUCUGUUCAACAAGUCCAGCAUAGUGUCAACCAGAACAACACGAUGAGCCACAACCCCCAGAGGGAGUCCUUUCAACAAGUCCAGGAGAGUGUCAACCAGAACAACACUAUGAGGGAGUCCGUUCAAGUCAACCAGAACAAAACAAUGAGCCACAACCCCCAGAGGGAGUCUGUUCAACAAGUCCAGCAUAGUGUCAACCAGAACAACACAAUGAGCCACAACCCCCAGAGGGAGUCCUUUCAACAAGUCCAGGAGAGUGUCACCCAGAACACAAUGGCCCACAACCUCCAGAGGGAGUCCGUUCAACAAGUCCAGCAGCAUGUCAACCAGAACAACACUAUGAGCCACAACCCCCAAAGGGAGUCUGUUCAACAAGUCCAGAGUGUCAACCAGAACAACACGAUGAGCCAGAACCCCCAGAGGGAGUCCGUUCAACAAGUCCAGCAGCGCGUCAACCAGAACAACACGAUGAGUGAGUCUGUUCAACAAGUCCAGGAGAGCGUCACCCAGAACAACAUGAUGAGCCACAACCCCCAGAGGGAGUCCUUUCAACAAAUCCAGGAGAGCAUCCACCAGAACAACACUAUGAGCCACAACCCCCAGAGGGAGUCCUUUCAACAAGUCCAGGAGAGUGUCACCCAGAACAACACAAUGGCCCACAACCUCCAGAGGGAGUCUGUUCAACAAGUCCAGCAGAGCGUCAACCAGAACAACACGAUGAGUGAGUCUGUUCAAGUCCAGCAGAGCAUCAACCAGAACAACACUAUGAGCCACAGCCCCCAGAGGGAGUCCGUUCAACAAGUCCACCAGCAUGUCAAGAACAACACGAUGAGCCACAACCCCCAGAGGGAGUCCUUUCAACAAGUCCAGGAGAGUGUCACCCAGAACAACACAAUGGCCCACAACCUCCAGAGGGAGUCUGUUCAACAAGUCCAGCAGAGCAUCAACCAGAACAACACUAUGAGCCACAGCCCCCAGAGGGAGUCCGUUCAAAAAGUACAGCAGCAUGUCAAGAACAACACUAUGAGCCACAACCCCCAGAGGGAGUCCUUUCAACAAAUCCAGGAGAGCGUCCACCAGAACAACACUAUGAGCCACAACCCCCAGAGGGAGUCCUUUCAACAAGUCCAGGAGAGUGUCACCCAGAACAACACAAUGGCCCACAACCUCCAGAGGGAGUCCGUUCAACAGGCCCAGCAGCGUCUCAACCAGAACAACACGAUGAGUGAGUCUGUUCAAGUCCAGCAGAGCAUCAACCAGAACACUGUGAGCCACAACCCCCAGAGGGAGUCCGUUCAACAAGUCCAGCAGAGUGUCAACCAGAACAACACAAUGAGUGAGUCUGUUCAAAAGGUCCAGGAGAGCGUCCACCAGAACAACACUAUGAGCCACAACCCCCAGAGGGAGUCCGUUCAACAAGUCCAGCAGAGUGUAAACCAGAACAACACGAUGAGUGAGUCUUUUCAACAAGUCCAGCAGAGCAUCAACCAGAACAAGACUAUGAGCUACAACCCCCAGAGGGAGUCCGUUCAAGUCCAGCAGAGUGUCAACCAGAACAACACGAUGAGUGAGUCUGUUCAACAAGUCCAGCAGAGCAUCAACCAGAACAAGACUAUGAGCCACAACCCCCAGAGGGAGUCCGUUCAACAAGUCCAGCAGAGUGUCAACCAGAACAACACGAUGAGUGAGUCUGUUCAACAAGUCCAGCAGAGCAUCAACCAGAACAAGACUAUGAGCCACAACCCCCAGAGGGAGUCCGUUCAACAAGUCCAGCAGAGUGGCAACCAGAACAACACGAUGAGUGAGUCUGUUCAACAAGUCCAGCAGAGUGUCAACCAGAACAACACGAUGAGUGAGUCUGUUCAACAAGUCCAGCAGAGCAUCAACAAGACUAUGAGCCACAACCCCCAGAGGGAGUCCGUUCAACAUAUCCAGGAGAGCAUCACCCAAAAUACAAUGAGCCACAACCCCCAGAGGGAGUCCUUUCAACAAGUCCAGGGGAGCGUCACCCAGAACAACACGAUGAGUGAGUCUGUUCAACAAGUCCAGGAGAGCGUCACCCAGAACAAGACGAUGAGCCAGAACCCCCAGAGGGAGUCCGUUCAACAAAUCCAGGAGAGUGUCCACCAGAACAACACGAUGAGCCACAACCCCCAGAGGGAGUCCUUUCAACAAGUCCAGGAGAGCGUCAUCCGGAACAACACUAUGAGUAAGUCUGUUCAACAAGUCCAGGAGAGCAUCACCCAGAACAGCACUAUGAGCCAGAACCCCCAGAGGGAGUCUGUUCAACAAAUCCAGGAGAGAAUCACCCAAAAUACAAUGAGCCACAACCCCCAGAGGGAGUCCUUUCAACAAGUCCAGCAGCGUGUCAACCAGAACGCAAUGAGCCACAACCCUCAGAGGGUGUCCAUUCAACAAAUCCCGCAGAAUGUCAACCAGAAUGAUAGAUUGGGUGAUGACUCAACAGAUGAGGGGUUGAUUGUGAAUGUUUGA